AUUGUUCCCCUGUUUGCCUUCCAAAUGUGGCGAGGCAGGGCUAUAAAAGGGACCACCCAGAUUCCCAGCGCAACAUCGAGACCUCAGAGGGCAAACGAGAAGCAUCACAAUCGCCUUCGCAUCAACACCAAGGCUGCGCCGCACAUUUUCUCCAAGAUGGGCCGGAUCGUCUUCUACGAGGACAAGAACUUCCAGGGCCGCCGCUACGAGUGCGACAGCGACUGCUCCGACUUCCACACCUACCUGAGCCGCUGCAACUCCAUCCGAGUGGAGAGCGGUGCCUGGGUGGUGUACGAGAGGCCCAACUACAUGGGCUACCAGUACGUCCUGACCCGGGGCGAGUACCCCGAGUACCAGCGCUGGAUGGGCCUCAACGAUCGCCUCAGCUCCUGCAAGAUGAUCCACUUUACUAGCGGGACCCUCUACAAGAUGCAGCUGUAUGAGAAAGCUGACUUCGGGGGCAAAGCCUUUGAGGCCACGGAGGAUUGUCCUUCGCUCCUGGAGAAGUUCCGCUGGAGGGAGGUGAACUCGUGCAAGGUUUUUGACGGCUGGUGGGUCUUCUACGAGCACCCCAACUACCGUGGGCGCCAGUACUUCCUGGAGAAGGGCGAGUAUCGCAAGCCUGGCGACUGGGGGGCGGCUAGCGCUGCAGUCCAGUCCUUCAGGCGCUUCACCGAAUGAGUCCACCAGCACCAGGCUAUGAUCUACGACAGGAAAUGACAUGUCUUUGGGACUUUGAACUGAGGUCAACAAAAUAAAAAUCCUGUCCAGAAAGCAAA